UACACAGAGCGAGUAGCCAAACCAUAGAGAAGAAAAAAAUCUGUUGAAAAAAAUAAUUUGAGCAGCGUUCAGGCAUUUCGGUGAUCAUAUUCUGAUAAAUGGCCGUUUGGACAUGUUGGAACACAAAACGCGUUAUUUGCGGCGAACGCAAUGUUGGUUGCUCGGUCGGAAGAAAUUGCGCAGCGUAAAAACAAGCUAAAUUUCUGAACCAUCAUGCGGCUCCAUUCCAAACUUUCGAAGCUCAUUCUUUGAAACCUUCUUUGAUCUCAGCCUAAUAGGGUCCUGAAGCACUAAGUAAAUUUGGAUAUACAACGAUUAAAAACACGCUUAAAAACCAUUUCUGAUCACUUUUUGUUAUUUAUUUUCAUGCAAAAAAAAAUUGUCAAAACAACAUUUUUUCGAUGGAUCAACUAUGGUCGAGGGGCGUGACAUUGGCCUUAAUGUAUUAUUUUUUGCAUUUAAUUAAUUAAGGAAUUAAAUUCCUCGCGUUAUUGGAUAUUUGACAGCUCCACACCUGCUUUGAAAACAUUGAUUUGCCUCGUGUCGCUUUCGUUCGCACAACUGUCAAGUGUUUGUGUUUUGAUUAAGUUUCAGGGGGAAAAAAUGUCAGCGACGCAUUUUCGAUGUCGCGGCCACAAUUCUUUGGCUUCGACACGCAUCUUCCAGUGGAGGAUUGGGGAAACGGAUACAUCGGCGGUACGCCGGAUGAUUUGGAGUACGACGCUUUGAACGACUCGGGGGAUUUGGUCCGGUUUGAGCAGAGGAAGGCGAGGUUGCAGCUGGAUCUGAGCGUGUGGAUGAUGCCGAGAAAGCCGAGGCUGCAGCAUCUGGUGCCACGUCCGGCGAUGCAGCAGCUUCAUUCGCAGAGUUCGUUGAUGGCGACGAUGCAACAGCAGCAGCAACAGCACCAUCAGGCGGGGGGACAAAUGGUUCGAUCUGAAUACGAACAAACAGACGGCGCAGCAUUCGAUGCCCCGCCGCCGGAAGUUCCCAACAGUUUCCCCAAUUUCUUCAUCUAGGGAUGGGAGAGCUACUCGAAUUCUAACCAGCAGCACAGGAGGAUCAGCAAAAUCAUCCACUGUUAUCAUUAUCGGCAGCAGGGUCAGAAUCGAAAGCCGCAGCAGCAAAAAACCGCAAAUUGCCAACACCAUCAUAGCAAGUGAAUCGCUCCGGGGAGUACGACGGGACAGCGGGACAACGAUGGCUGCUGGGGAUUCACAGCUUACUACAAACAACGAUUUCUUUUUUUGCGAAAAAAAAAACUGCAGUUGAAAAUUGAAUUUAUUUUGCAAUUUGUCAUUACACUCAAACCCCGAUGGUUUGACACCAACUGUUGUCAAACGAACGGGGUCACUUUUUAGUUUGACACCCUUUUUACAUGGAGUUCACAUACACUACCAAACGUUUGUUUUGAUAGUGUGCGUGAGCGCCGUGUAAAAAGUGACAGUUCGUCACU